GAGCCGCGAGCCCCGGGCGGCUACCUCACGCGGCGGCUCCGCGCACGACGGCGCGCGGGGGACGUCAGGGGCGGUGCCGCAGCAGUUGCCCCUGGUAACCAGGAGGCCGCUGGAGGAGGCGGAGGCUGAAGAGGAGGAGGAGGGACUCGGCGGGAGGAUGGGCUUACUCUCCAUUUUGCGCAAAUUGAAGAGUGCGCCGGACCAGGAGGUGAGAAUCCUUCUCCUUGGCUUGGAUAAUGCUGGCAAAACCACUCUGCUGAAGCAGCUUGCCUCAGAAGACAUCAGCCACAUCACGCCUACGCAGGGUUUUAACAUCAAAAGUGUACAAUCACAGGGUUUUAAGCUGAAUGUAUGGGACAUUGGUGGACAAAGGAAAAUCAGGCCAUACUGGAGGAAUUAUUUUGAAAAUACUGAUAUUCUUAUCUAUGUGAUUGAUAGUGCAGACAGAAAAAGAUUUGAAGAGACGGGCCAGGAGCUAGCCGAGUUGCUGGAGGAGGAGAAGCUCAGCUGUGUGCCAGUGCUCAUCUUUGCUAACAAGCAGGACCUGCUUACAGCGGCCCCCGCCUCUGAAAUUGCAGAGGGGCUGAAUCUGCACACCAUCCGCGACCGUGUCUGGCAGAUCCAGUCCUGCUCAGCACUCACCGGCGAGGGUGUUCAGGAUGGCAUGAACUGGGUCUGCAAAAAUGUGAAUGCAAAGAAGAAAUAAAAUCUAGACAAAUGGAGAUGCAGGAGCUGCGGGAGCCGAGUCCAGUGCUGGAAACACUGCUUUGCUGCUUUCUGCCCAAGUGCUUUUCCGUCUGUGUACAGCGACAGCUGUUUGAAGAGAGGGAGCAACACAGCUUAAAGAGAAUCCCCAUUCCAGCAGUAGAUUUAACUGAUCUCUGAGGUUCAGUAUCAUUUUUCAAAUAAAGGAAUUAUAUUAUUUCCUCUGCAUAAUUGAAAUAGUAUUAAAUGUCUCAAAGCA